AUGAUGGCCAGACUCCUUGUCCUGUGUGUUGCAGUUCUUGCCUGCAUCAGUAUUGGUAAGGCAAACAUCCAGCUUUAUCCCUGUUCUUGUAUAUUUCCUAAUGGAUUUGUUUCUCAUCUCUUUACCUCGCUGCCACCCUCAAAUUCCUUUACUUUGUGGCUUGCCAGAAUCUUUUUAACUAGGAACAAUUCCUCAUUCGACUGACCAAACUAGGAAAUGUACCAGCAGGGAGAGCAAACUCUUUAUUCUUGGUAGAAAUAGUCUCAUAAGGGGGGGUUCAAAGGUAUUGCCCUUUAUAUAUUGGGGCAAGGGGUAACUGUCACCAAAGCUGUCAUUCCCUUAGCUGCUGGAUAAGAGAAGUAGAAAACUUCUGCUUUUGUGGCAAACUAUGUGUUUCCCACUAUAUCUGACCUGGAUAAAGAAAUAAGUUGUUGUUGUUUUUUAAAAAAUGCAUGGAUUGCAACAAAAUGGGAAGGAAGGGGAAAGGUUGUUUUUGCUGUGCCAAAUAAAGGCUUGACCUUUUUUUAAAAAAACAACAACAAACCCUCCAAACUGGACAGCUCGAAGGAAGACAGGAAACAAGGGCAAAAAAACCCCGCUACCUAAAUAAACUUCACACCGGAUUAUUUGUGAGCAUAUGUACAAUAUUUUUGAAUGCGAUGUUGUGCAAAUAUUUUGUAAGUCGCUUUGCGAUCCCCUUGAGGCUAUAAACUGGGGUGGAAGUAUUCUCAAUAAAUACAUUAAAAUAGCUCUACAUUGCAAACUAAAAGGGGGGAAAAUGGGCUCAGUGCCAUCCCUUAGAAAACAAGGAGUCCCAGUCUCCUGGGUUUUGGCUACUAAACAGCAAACCUUGAUUCUAGCACCUCUUUCCCCGAAUCUUAUCUUUGAGUUGUCAGGAUGGUCUGCCUCCUCCUUAUCUUUGAGUUGCCAGAGUUGUGCCCUGCAGAUGUUUUGAACUACAACUCCUACCAGCUCAGAGGGUUUACCUCUGUUAGUUUUUGGCAGGAAAAAAGGGUCUUCUUGUGGCAUCUUAAAGACACAAAAAGAUUUGUGGCUCUAACUGUUGUGCAUCUCUUGAACUGGGGUCUAAUCUACAAAAGCUUAAGCCACAGUAUAAGCCAAUGUUGUCAGCUGCUGCCCCUGGGGUCACACUGGUGACAGAAGAGUGGGAGAGCUAUAUUUUGACCAUAAACAAAAAAAACAAAGAAAUCUGUUAUCCUUAAAGUUGCCACAAGACUCUCUCAGGGCAAAACUUUCUCACUUGUCAAGACUGAUCAAUCUGAAAGUCACCCAAGGUGGAUUAAGAUGGAGAUACACGCAUACAGAUCUUUGGGUGGUAUCCAAGUAAGCCUUGCUCAGAGUAAACCCUAUUGAUAUUAAUGCACAUGACUCAGUUUUCUCCAUUGGAUGGGGUGGGUCUACUCUGAGUAAAACUUACUUGACUACCACCCAUUCCCCCCCAAAAUAUAUCCCAGGGGCCAUUUGAAGAGGUGAUUUGAUUCGCUUUUUUUGCACAUGAUAUUGGCCCGAAUAUAAGCCACACCCAAAUAUAAGCCACACCUUUGAAAUUGGGGAGGGGGGGGAGCAAAGAAAGAAAAAAUACCUGAAUAUAAGCCACUCCAUUCCUUGCUGCUCCUGGCUGCAUACUGGGGGGGGGGGGGGAGCCGGGCUGCUUUGCCGACAGCCUUUCCCUUCCUCGCUCUCUCCCUUCCUGGCUUUGGGGGAGAGACGCAUGGGGUGGGCGCCAUUUUGCCAUGCUCCUGGCGCUGUUUGCCCCGCGCCGUAAAGUCGUGAAUAUAAGCCGCACCUUAGCUUUUCAUAGUCAGAAUUUGGGGGGGAAGUGAGGCUUGCAUUCAGGCCAAUACGGUAGUUAAGUUGUGGGAUUUGCUCCUGUAAUAGGUAGUGGUGGCCCCUAACUUGGGUGGCUGUAAAAGAGGACCAGACAAACUCAUGGCAGUCGCUACCUACUAAUCAUGAUGGCUGUGUUCUACCUCCAUUGUCAGAGCUGGAAUGCACAGCUGCUUGGAAUCACUGGUGUGGACUGAGCACUGUUGCACCCAGCUCUUGCAUAGACAUCAUAGGCUUCCCAUAGACAUCAUAGAGGAUGCUGAAAAGACAUGAGCCCCCUUUGACCUGUGAUCCAGCAGAGCUCUUCUUGUGUUCUUAUGCCCCUCUGGCCAUUUGGGGGUGGUCUCCAAAGACCACUUGCACAGGCAACCGAUGACCCUACUGCAAUGUGUCCCUAUUGCAAUUCAGAAAAAACCAAGGCAUCCCAAUGUUCCCUACGUCAUUCAUUUUUGCAAGUCCUGUGUGUGUGUUUUGUUUUUGUAAUGGCACCACCAACUGGUCACCUCCCUAUUGGGAUCACCCCCAAACCUCCAUAUUUCUACUGUGCCAAAUACCUUAUUUUUCCGUGCAUAACACGCCCCUGUGUAUAAGAUGCCCCCUAUUUGGGGGGACUCAAAAUUAAGAAAAUGGGGGGGGGAUUGCCCAGAGUUGUUGAAUCACUCGCACUACCGUCGUCGCUGGCAAUCUCCUGCUCACGGCAGCGACCACUCAUAUAUCCGUGUAUAAGAAGACCCCAAUUUUUAAGCAUUAUUCUAAUGUACUAAAACCUCGUCUUUUACAUGGAAAACUACAGGUCAUUUGCCUCCCUGGUGCUGCCUUGCCACACCCUGCUUUUUAAGAGUCGCGGCUUUGAAACUCUCUUUGAAACUGUUGAGAAAGCACGGGAAAAUAAGUUAAGGAGCUUAAGGAAAAAGUGGGCAGGUGGAGAGCUUGAAAGCAUUGGACUUAAGACGGAACGGGGGGGGGGGGAGUCAUAAUCAGGUAACAAGUUUCUUUUUUAAAAAAGAGAAAAGAGGAAUGCCACAGACAAGACAAAGGAUAUAUUGUGGAGUCUCUAGAGAGGGUGGGGAUCUUUAGAAACAGGCAAAACACCCAUCACAUCAGGGAUGGGCCAGGGAUAGCUCCCAUGUUUAAAGACUAGUUAACAAAAUGCAUAUCCAAACAUGUAGCGUUCUGGUUCCUCUUCAGACAUCUAUUUUUCCUUCCCCAACACCAUUACUCACACCAUGGUCAGCCAACUUGAGAAAAAAGAAGACGAAGAAGAGUCGGAAAAAACCAGGGGAUUUUUCUUCUUCCCCAAGCACUUCUUCUUCCUUUAACGAUGGGCGAGGGUGUCUAAAAGUCUUGAGCCAACCUUAAGAUUACCAAACGUAUUGCAGCGUUGUGUAGGCAAGGCUUCCUCCCUGGAAGUAAUCGUAAGUGGGUGUUCACGCAGGAAAGUUGACGUUCCAGUAAAAAGGACUAGCCCUUAGGGUGCCACACAAAACUUUUGGAACUGAGGGUUAUUCCACGCUUCGGCUUGCUCCGAUUCUAGACAACGCAGGUCUGAGCGGUUUCCCACUUGAACCAUUCCUUUCCGAGGGACAACUCGAUUGUUACUUGCUCCGAUCUGAGCACUAAAUAGCCGUUUCCCCCUCAGGGGAAAGCAGUGGGAUAAACGUUUAUUCACGGUUUCAGCCCGCACCAUUCCAGAUUAUGCUCUUGAGUUUUUAUAGGUGUUUUGAAAUACAGGGCUAAGAAUGCAGACCUUCGACAAUUGUUUUCUUAGCACUUCAGUAAAAACAGGAUAGUUUUUUUGGUUUUUUUUAAACUCGCCCUCAGCAUUCACAUUUCUGCUGAAAUUCAGAAGUUGGCCUCGUUUUUUUCUAUUGGCAGAUGUGAAUUCAAAAUUCUUUGUGAGGGAAGAAAAGAAUAAUAAUAAUAAUAAUAAUAAUAAUGUAUUAUUUAUACCCCGCCCAUCUGGCUGGGUUUCCCCAGCCACUCUGGGCAGCUCCCAACAGAAUAUUAAAAACACAAUAAAACAUCAGUCAUUAAAAACGUCCCUAAGCAGGGCUGCCUUCAGAUGUCUUCUAAAAGUCAGAUAGUUGUUUAUUUCUUUCACAUCUUGUGGGAGGGCAUUCCACAGGGCAGGUGCCACUGCCAAGAAGGCCCUCUGCCUGGUUCCGUGUAACAUCACUUCUCACAGGGAGGGAACCGCCAGAAGGCCCUCAGAGCUGGACCUCAGUGUCUGGGCUGAACGAUGGGGGUGGAGACGCUCCUUCAGGUAGUCUCAUUCCAUGAUAGCUCUCUGCCCUACAGUGGAGGGCAUGGAUAAGGGAAAUUUGGUAGGCGGGUGGGUGGGUGAGAGCAUUGUCAGUGUGGGUGCCUUGACAGUUGACUCUGAGCACGCAGGAAGGCCUAACAAACCUUAUAAUCAAGGUGUAGCAAAGGCUGUUAUUUAGAUGUUUGUAUGUUGUAUACUAACAUGAGUUUGACCAAACUGUGGGAGGCAGUGGAAGACAGGAGUGCCUGGUUUGCUCUGGCCCAUGGGGUCACAAAGAGUUGGACACAACUAAAUGACUAAACAACAAAACAACAGAUGUUGUAUAUCUUGCUUAUCUCCCUUCUCAUAACACUAGAACUCAUUGACAAUGAACUCAUUUAAUGAAGAUUAAGGUUGGCACUUCUUCACACAGUUGAACUUUGGGUUUUGCUCCCACGAGACAUGGUGAUGACCAUAGACAGGAUUAGGCAGAUUCCUGGAAGAUACAGCUAUUAGUGCCUCCUAGACCCAAUACCUCUGUUCUUCCUACACUGUCUGCAUGCCUCCCAACAUUGUUGUUGUUGUUUAGUCGUUUAGUCAUUUCCGACUCUCUCAUGCUGAUAGCUUCAAGAACACCGUCCAACCAUCUUGUCCUCUGUUGUCCCCUUCUCCUUGUGCCCUCAAUCUUUCCCAACAUCAGGGUCUUUGCCAGGGAGUCUUCUCUUCUCAUGAGGUGGCCAAAGUAUUGGAGUCUCAGCUUCACGAUCUGUCCUUCCAGUGAGCACUCAGGGCUGAUUUCCUUAAGAACGGAUAGGUUUGAUCUUCUUGCAGUCCAUGGGACUCUCAAGAGUCUCCUCCAACAUCUCCCAACAUUAGUUGCUCAGAAUUACAAAUGGGAAGAGCCUCAUUUCUCUUCGGUUGACCACUGUGAGGUCAGGCUACAGGACUAAAUGGGACUUUGGCCUAAUCUCGUUGGGCUUCUCUUCCGUUCUUACGCCACGCAAAGUGGUUCGUGUCAGGAAGCAAAAGAACAAGAUGCAAAUUUCGCAAUUGCGAAUGCGGGAAAGAAGCGAUGGGUUGUAUAACCAGCUAAGUCAAGGGUGCGGAACUGGAUCCAGACAGCAAGCCAGAACCUGACGUCCCCUAAUACCUAUAUUUGCGAGGCAGGGCCGCUUUCCUGUCAAUUGCCCAAUAUCACAAUGAACUGAUUUCUUUUGCAGACCAACUUGAGUUCACUGCCCAUUGUCUUGGGUUGGUGAGUCACUUAGUCCCUAGGGUCCCAAGGCAUUGAAAUCAGUAGAUUUUUGUUAGUCACCAGCUGACGCCCAUUGGUUUCAAUAAGUUCAUGACUUAUUGUGUUACUGUCUUAAGAGAGCCAGUGUGGUAUAGGGUUAAGAGCGGUAGUCUCAUAAUCUGGGGAACUGGGUUUGCGUCUCCGCUCCUCCACAUGCAGCUGCUGGGUGACCUUGGGCCAGUCACACUUCUCUGAAGUCUCUCAGCCCCACUCACCUCACAGAGUGUUUGUUGUGGGGGAGGAAGGGAAAGGAGAAUGUUAGCCGCUUUGAGACUCCUUCAGGUAGUGAUAAAGCGGGAUAUCAAAUCCAAACUCUUCUUCUUCUUCUUCUUCUUCUUCUUCUUCUUCUUCUUCUUUAAGUAUGUUUUCAGGGAAAAGGGGAGUGGGGCUUCUAUCACAUCCCCAUCACUGGGCAGACCUCCACCCACCACUGACAGCUUGUCCAUCUUGUUGAGACGGAUCGGUUGCUUAUGGAAUAGCUAGCAGGAUCAGCAAUUAAGAAGGGAAAGGAAGGAGAGGUAGCUGAGCUCACAUUUAAGCAGAAACAGUGGGCCAGAAACCCCAACAACAGGGGGUUCCAUGGUUCUCAGAAGCCUCAAAACACAGGCAGAAAUGCCUCCAUAUCUGGGAAAUUGGGAAAUAAUUAGGAAAGUGCUGUUGCUUUCAGGCUUCCCAUAGGGGCGUCUGGUUUUAUAAUUCACAUUGUUAUUCUGGUUGAGAACAAGAUGUUGGAUCAGACGGGCUCCCUUUGGUUUGAUCCAGCAGGGUUCUUCUCCUUACUCUGCUUUCCUUGCAGGUAAAAAUGUGAGCAAACAACCUCAUCUAUUCACAGUCUCAUCUGUGUGUCUACUGGUGGUGGUCCAUCCUGUUCCGCCACCUGAGGCAAAACAGGAAGUGUCGCCUGGCCCUGCCACCACUGCCUGCACCACCCGCCCUCCACAGGUGGCAGAGAAGUGGCGCUGGUAUCAGUGCCAGUUUCAGGCAAGAUCUCAUCAAAAUCUCAAGAGAUCUUGUGGAGCGCACGAGAUCUCACCUCAGAUCGGUGCCAGCGCCACUUCUCUGCUGGUGGUAGAGGAGGCUGCUGGGAUGGUUGCCUCACCUACCUAACAGCUGGCCCGGCCCUUGAGUGUACUGGAAUCUGCUGUCGCGUCUUGGGCUGGUUGCUGUUGACUUCACAGUUAUCUCUGUCUGCCACACAGAAGGGUGAUCAUGGGAUCAACUCAGCACACCUGUGGCUUAGAGAUAAGCUGAGAGUCUGCGUCAUUGUUGACUUUCAGAGAGAUUCAGAAAACAUUCCUCUUUACCCCAAAAGAUACCAAUCCUGGCAACCCUGAGGAAAUCGUUCUUAGAAUGUUUUAACUGUUUUCGGAAUGUUUUUCCCCUUUUUAUUAUUGAAGCGUGGCUCUUCCUGGAGGAAGAGCAGGAUAUAAAUGGAACAAGUCAAUAAAAAGAAAAUUUAUACGUGUGCCCUGCCCUUGGGAGAAACCACAGGUGGGCACGCCCUAAGUACCAAAAUGGGAAUAGAUGUUUCCAGUAGGUUUCAACCAAGAGAAGAAAAACACCGUUUUGGAAUUUAUUAAUGUAGAGACUGAGGUUGUGCUUUUCGACCGAAGUCAUCACUGUGUUUGACAAGAGCUCAAUGGGACUUAUUGCCGGAUAGGAAUAUGUGAGAUUGCAGCCCUCCGUGUAUCUGCGUGGAUAUUAUUGGUUUCCUCUGAGGCCCCUCUUCUGGUCCGCUUCACCUGUGGAGCUGAGGGCGAGGGUGAUGAGAGAAAGAGCCUUUUCACUCAUGACACUCUAUUUUUGGAACAGUUAUCUUACGUUGGCUUGCUUGGCCCGGUUCCUCAGCCUCCUGGCAUUUUAACUACCAGAUGAAUACUUCCCUUCCCCCCUUUUCUCUUUUUGCCAUGGCCUUUCAAAUCUCCUGCUUUCAGAUUUAUACAUUUAACCUAGUGCACGUUGCUUCGUUUUGUGUUGCUCUCUUGCUGUUUCCCCUGCCAUUUCCUUAAACCAGCUGUUUUGAGGCCCAGGAUCAGGACAGAACACAAGAAGAACCCAAUCGGGCCAGUGACCCAUCUAGUCCAUAGCUGUCAACUUUUCUUGCGAGGAAUCCUAUUCGGAAUAAGGGAAUUUCCCUUUAAAAAAGGGAAACUUUGACAGCUAUGAUCUAGUCCAAAAUCCCAUUUCCACAGUGGCCAACCAGUUGUCUAGGGAAAACCCACAGGCCACAUAGGAGCGCAGGAAUCAUAGAAUCGUAGGAUUGGAAGGGACCCUGAGGAUCAAGUCCAAUCCCCCUGCAAUGCAGGAAUAUGCCACUGUCCCAUACAGGGAUCGAACCUGCAACCUUGGUGUUACCAGCACCACGCUCUAACCUCUUGAAUUCCCAGGCAACUGGUAUUCAGAGGAGUAUUCAGAGGCAGCAUACAGCCACCCUGACCCACGAACUUGUCUAAUCCCCUUGUCAAGACUUUUAACUUGUUAGCCAGAAAUAUAAUAAAUAAAAUAAAUAUGUAGCCCUACUGGCUUACGUUAGGGAUGAAAUGUAGUGUUCAUUCGAUCUAGGCUUUCUUCCAAACAAUAUUGGGAACUGUAGUUUGCCCCCUCACAAAGCUACUGUUCCCUUCUGGCGGUUCCCUCAUUGCGAGAAGCAAAGCUACAGGGAACCAGGCAGAGGGCCUUCUCGGUAGUGGCGCCCACCCUGUGGAACGCCCUCCCAUCAGAUGUCAAAGUGAUAAACAACUACCGGACAUUUAGAAGACAUCUGAAGGCAGCCCUGUCCAGGGAAGUUUUUAACGUGUGACAUUUUAAUGUAUUUUUCAUCUUUGCUGGAAGCCACCCAGAGUGGCUGGGGAGACCCAACCAGAUGGGCGGGGUACAAAUAAAUUAUUAUUAUUAUUAUUAUUAUUCCCUGCACCCUUGACAAGCCCCAGUUCCUAAGUUUAAUUGGGGGAAGCCGUGUGGUUUCAACAUAUGGUGGAGAUGUGGCCCUGGACCAACGGUGUACCUUGGAAGUUUACCCUCCAUGAGAAGAUCGUUGCGGAAAGCUUGCACAACGUGACUGAAACUCCCUUGCGUGUGUGGCUGCUACAGAGGAAUGUUAUUGAGGGGUGGGAACAAGGCGUAACCCCACAGCCUGGCCAAACUGUUGCCGCGCCUUAGAAUACACCCCAGGGUCUCAUUCAAUCGCUCAGCGAUUUCCUUGGCAAAGACUGUAAUCGAGGCUGAAAAGAUUCCUUAAGGAUGGAACAUUGGAAGCCCACUGGUCUCGAGAGGCUGAAUAAUAAUAAUAAUAAUAAUAACAACAACAACAACAACCCGUUUUCCUCAGCCAGGCCCCUGCUCCAAAAUGUCUUCUUCACAUGGUCCACUUGAGUCAACACAAUCUGUCCCCGCCUUUUAGGGCAGGAAUUCCAAAACUGCUCUCACACAGAGAGAGUCGAGCACCUUCAAGAAUGGUUUCACAACUUGUGGGGGUUCCCCCCACCCUCACAAUAAAUUGCAACCCUCCUUCGCUUUGCAACCCAAACAUGUCUCAACCAGUUUCCUGCCUCACUUCCAUGGGUCCCAGUAUUGUCCAGCCAGGAACUGGUUGUUGAUCAAAGGCUGCCGCCCUUACAGAGAAAUCUGGAAAUUUCCGCCUCGAGCUAAGCUGGAGUGUUGCGGUUAUUUCCCCGAUGACUCAGAAACACACGGCCCCCUCCCAGCCCUUCUUCGCCAGCAUCCCUCCUGAGUGGAAUUCUUUCAGCUCGCUCGCAUUUAUCGGAGAAAGCCGUUGCUAAAAUCUUCCCCCGUUACUCAUUUGCCACACCCCGAAGCACGCUGCCUGUUAUGCAAACCCUUUUGGCUGUUUUCCUCUGCCUUGCGGAGAAUGGAAAUAAAAAAAGCUGGAAAGCCGUUUUCAUAAAUCACAAGUACAACUGGGCCGCGACGACCGCACUACAAAAAGAGAAAAGUGCAAGACUUAAACUGGUUAUCAGGGAGGUGGAGGCGCUAACAUAUGUCCAGAUUUCAUUAAAAAUGUAAGAUUUGGCCUAAGAGGGGGCAUCUAAUCCAUCAUAUUCUCAGUGUGCGCAACCUGAUGCCAAUGGGAAAAAUGAAAGUAGCACAUGAAAAACUUAAUUUUUAUCUGUUUAUGUGGCUGGCUUCUAUGCAGUAACACCAUAACAUGAAGGCAGUCUUUAAAUAAAGAUAGUUGUUAUAAGAUUGAGGUUUUUUUGGGGGGGGUCUUUUGGAUGUCCUCUGGUGACCCCAUCAGUCUAGCUGUCCCCUAAGCUUUGGUACCAGAGUUCGCUUUGUUGCAUUAAUGGCUCUAGCCAAAUCUUUUAAGUGACAGCAGCACUUCCCCAAACCGUUAUUUUUUCCUCCUUCCGCCCUUCGGGGCAGGAUAUGUAGAUACCGUAAUUGUUAUUUUCCUGCCUGAGCCUCUCUGUGAGCUUGCAAACGCUUGCUUGCCUUCACAAAUUGCCCUCUUGCUAUUUAAAAACAAACCCAGGAACUGGUAGCGGAUGCAUCUGUUAGCAAAUAAUGUGUCGUUUGGUAUUGGCCCCAGAACUACACCCUGUGAACACGGCCUCCAAAUCUGAUGUCUGUGCCAGGCUCAGUCGUGAGGAAAAACACAGUGGGGAAGGACAGGGAGGUUUCCCAAACCACAGUGUGGCUUCUCAGUCUGUGGGAACCGGGGACCAGGCAGGUGGAUGCUUCCAGGUAGAUUUCAGGCACUUUACUGCUCUCUCGUUUCAAAGGCAGUGCUUUGCGUGGACAGGCGGAGUCCCCCAAACCCUGGUCAUGUGGAAUAACGACUCAAGACAAUGUGCUAUGGGAUUAAAUUGGCCACAACUUUAUUAUAUUUCAUAUGUGGGUAGACCUUGGCUCAGGCAUUGGGCGUUUAUCCCUCCCAGUCCCCAACUGGGGAUCUGGGGAACAUCGGGGUUAUCCAGUGUGGGGGGGGGGAUGGGCCGGCUCUGGAGAACAUAUGUUCAAGCAGAGAUAGCCGCCCCCGUUACGCCGCCGUCGCAGGGGAGAGCAAUGACGACCUCUCGGUGUACAGUCAAAGCCUCCCCUCAAAAACCCCUUUAAGGGGGAACCUGGGUAUCGCCUCCGCAAAGAGGAAGGGGGCGUGGGUCACCACUGCAUGCCCCUCCCCCCAUUCAGGAAGAUAGACUAAAGGAUUCCGCCCAAGGCCUGAUACUGCCAAAGUUGUGAAAUUUUGCUACGGGAAAGGCAAAACCUGCCAAUGCAGGGGAAUUCCUUUCCGGCCCUUCAACAGCGACCUUGACGUAGCAGCGCCCGCAUACCUGUGAAGAAAAGGUUAACCUGCAAAAUAAGUCUUAACAGAGGGUGGGUAGGGUGGGAGAAGCUCUGAAGCCAACUGAAGAUUCCCAGGUAAGAUCCUCCCUCUAUUGUGUGGCAGGUAGUCCCUCCCCUACCUGGCCUGGUCUCCUUGGCAACGCUUCCCCAGGUGGAAUUGGACAACUGGCUGAGGUAGGCGGAGACCUCCAGGUAUCCCACCUGGGGGAAGGCAAAGCCAAGCCUGUGCUAAUGGAGCCACACAGGGUCCAGGGGCUGUGUGCAUCCACGCAAAGGGCACCCCCCAUUUAAUGUGGGGAGUGGUCAUUCUGUCCUCUAACCAAAUACAGUGGUACCUCAGGUUACAUAUGCUUCAGGUUACAGACUCCGCUAAUACCUCAGGUUAAGAACUUUGCUUCAGGAUGAGAACAGAAAUCGUGCUCCGGUGGCGUGGCAGCAGGAGGUCCCAUUAGCUAAAGUGGUGCUUCAGGUUAAGAACAGUUUCCAGUUAAGUACGGACCUCCGGAACGAAUUAAGCACUUAACCUGAAGUACCACUGUAGUGUCUUGUCAGCAGGGUUUAUCUGGUAUGCAAAAGGAUUCUGAUCUGCAGUGUGGGGAAAGGGACAGCAGGCAAGCAAAUGUUAUACUUCCCCUCCGGUCUGACUCAGAAAAGAGUUACCUUCGUACAGGAAUCCCUUCUUUCCCCACAAACGUUGCCAUCGCCUCCCCUUUCAAGGAUGCGGGCAAACAGGGCAUACUGUUCCAGUUUGCAGAAAACACACAUUUUAGAGGCCCUGGGAAAGGUCUUGUUUUCCACGAAGGGCUGUGGUUUGGAGCGGAGCUGUUUUUUCCAGACUGGGCAUCCGCUUGGUUCCUGUCUGCAAUGUUUGCUUCUUGCAGCAAAGCUCACCGCAGGCUGCUUGCUGGUCCUGUUUGUGUGUGUGCUUGAGAUUAUAGUGUCUUAUUUGUGCGAGCCUUUGGCGGGGCAUCGCUUGCUUAUUUAAAAGAGCUGUGUAUGCACAUAAUCCCGCUCUGCAAAACACCUAAGGCAUGAGGGAAUAGAGAGUUAAAGGGUGCAAAAAUCACAGGCAAUUUUGACCCAUGUCCCUGUAUCUCUGGGGACCAAAUCCUACUUGUGGGAUUAUCUGUGAAUCUUUUGUGACGGGUGGGUGUGCCUUUUUAAAAUGCCUACAUUUGGUGGUGCGUGCACCUUCAUUUCCUCUUUUUUUCCUUAUUUAAAAAGGUUUUAUUACAACUUUUUUCAUAGUGCAAUAAGAAAAAAGAAACAGAGUACUCCCUCAAAGGUAGCUCUUAGCCAGGCAUAGGAAAACUCGACCCUCCAGAUGCUCUGGGACUACAAUUCCCAUCAUCCCUGACCACUGGUUCUGUUAGCGAGGGAUGAUGGGAGUUGUAGUCCCAAAACAUCUGGAGGGCCAAGUUUGCCUAUGCCUGCAGUCUUAAUUAACCCUUUAUUCACACAGAAAGUUGUGAACCCUCCCGACUCUAAACCUGGGAACUUUCCUUCCUCCUCCCAGUCUCUCACCCUGGGAAGUCUUCCCUUCCCUGUAUUUCCUGAAAAACGAUAAUAUUUAGGAAGUCUAUUCAGUCAAGUGGUUGGGUCCUUCAGUUCUUCAAUGUAAAGAUUAGAGAACCUAGGCAAGACCAUGCAAGUACAUUUCUAUGCUAUUAUUUUUUAUUAUUGCAUAUUAUUAUUAUUAUUAUUAUUAUUAUUGGGUUUAUAUUCUUUACUCAAAGGCACUCAGUGUGGCAUGCAUGGUUCUUGCCCUUCUCAUUUCAGUCCCACAACCCAAAAUGUAAGAAGAGUCUUUUAAUCAUUUGUCCCGAAGCAACACUUUUUGCAGCUCUUUUUCAGCUCUAAAGGCAGACAAGCCCGUACAGCUGGAACAAUUGCUUUUAAAGGUCUUGCAUUAGCCCACCUCUUAGUGCGUCAUUUUCUAAUCCCAUGAUGGAAUUAAAAGAUAGACUUUUUCGUAGCUUGCUAAAUUGUCAAAUGCCGCCACAGUGACAGCAUUCAAAGGGCUGCGUUCGCCACAGAGAUCUGUUGCUCUUUUAAAGGGGGAGGGCGCUAUGAAUCUCUAGCAGAGAUGUCUUUCUCUGUAUCUUAAGCAGAGUUGCCCGCAAAUUUCACUUCAAACGAAAUCUGAGGUGGAUCUGGAGAGCCCUUCUCAGUCAAAGCUUCCAAAGGAAUUUCAAGCGGAGCAAAAAGGACCUGGGCAAGAUGAGGCACCCUCUCUAAAGACAGCCCUAUCUGUUGUCUGGCGUAGGCUGAUAAGGACUGUGGUUCAAAAUAUCUUGAGGGCACCAGGUUGGUAGAGACAGUCAGGCGAUCCAAAUUUGUGAUUUGGAUCACAAAUAGGGAGAGUGCUGUCACACUCAUUUUAUAUAUCAUGGUUUUAACUGUAUUUACAACAUUUUGGAAACAUCUGAAGGCAGCCAUGUACAGUGGUACCUCGGGUUACAGACACUUCAGCUUACAUACGCUUCAGGUUACAGACUCUGCUAACCCAGAAAUAGUACCUUGGGUUAAGAACUUUGCUUCAGGAUGAGAACAGAAAUCGCGCGGUGGUAGCUGGAGGCCCCAUUAGCUAAAGUGGUACCUCAGGUUAAGAACAGUUUCAGGUUAAGAACGGACCUCCAGAACGAAUUAAGUACUUAACCUGAGGUACCACUGUAUAGGGAAGUUCUUUAAGGUUUAAUGUUUCACUAUGUUUUUAUAUAUGCUAGAAGCCGCCCAGAGUAGCUGGGGCAACCCAGUCAGAUGGGCAGGGUACAAACAAUAAAUUGUUAUUAUUGUUAUAACAGUUUUGUAUGUGUUAUUAUAUUGUCACAAAAGUCGGGUGCCGCCCCCAUGGUCUACCAGAGAGGCCCAGGUUACUCCCAGCUUUUGAGGCCCCUAAGCAUAGCUGUCAACUUUCCCCCUUUCUUGCGAGGAAUCCUAUUUGGAAUAAGGGAAUUUCCCUUUAAAAAAGGGAAACGUUGACAGCUAUGCCCCUAAGCAUAAUAAAUAUUAAAAGUGACAGCACAUGAAACCAAAAUAAAGCACUAGAAUACAGUUAUUUCUUAAGAAAGAAAUGUUUUUCCAGCUGGGAGAGUAUGCCACAUUUUGGUCUGGUGCACCUAAAAAAAGAAAUUGCAGACCUUCUGACAGAAAACCAACAAAUUUCUAAAUCGGAGGUCCAGCUUUCAGCUAGAGGCUUUCAGCGAAGGGCGCCCCCUGCCCCCCGCUAGCCCUGACCAAAGUCCUAAGACUUGUGCCCUAAUGUCUGAUCAGAAGAUUUCUCAGUUAUAUCUCUCACCUUUUAAAAAUAUAUAUUUCUCUGUGCUUCAGGAUCUGCUCUGCAGUGCUUGAAAUGUUCAUUCACGUUUCACGGAAUGCCCUGCCAUACAUCCACCACCACCUGCCAAGCAGGAGAGGUCUGUGCUACCAUCCGGGGAGCAGCAGGUAAAGAUACUUCUUUAAUUUCUCAGAUUAUUCUCUCCCCCCUCAAACCCCACCCUUUUCCUACUUCUGUUCUCUGCCCUGCCGUCCCCCGUCCCCCAAUGAGCCGUUCCUGGCAUAAUUUUUUCCCCCUCCCUGAGAGAGCGUUUGGGCCGGUCCCCAUGAAAGAGUCACACAUGUGGAAUAAAUUACAGUGCUAUUUAGAGUCCACAUGCAUAAGCCUGGCAAAAAACUCUCCCAUUUUCUUAAAGCUGCUCGGCCAUCUUAAAUCUGGCUGACUCAGAUUCAUUACAAAACACUGUUUAUGUAAGGAAGAUCCACCCGCUGAAGCCAGAUAGAUCCUAGUAGCAUGAGGCAGGGAUGUGGUGCGUAAGAUUUGAAAUAUACUCGGAGUCGAGAGAGGAUUUCAUGCUCUUUAUUCAGCUCAUAGUGGUGAGGAGGAAUGGAUGUUCCCCCCAAAUAUCUGCAUUAUGUACAUUAUUUACACAAUGGGCCCCACGUGAUUGGCUAAUUCCGAGAUUCUCCUGUAGGCCAAUCAGGUUGUGGAUUCACUUCCACUUGGAGCUGGAUUGGGUGGCUCCUGCAGACCAAUCAUACUGCUGCAUUGUUCUAGGACCAAUCAGACGGCUGCAUUUAUUCUGCAACAUGUUAUUGCAAAAUAAUAGUGCAUUAGCGACGGAUAUCGUCUGCUUUCAUUUGUGCUGUAGUGAAACAGAAGUGUGAGGGGGAAAUAGCCAGAACAUUUGCGCGAUGUCAGCGGGAAGUUACAGGAUAUGCACUGAUUGGAAACGAAGCAGUGUGACCACCGCAAUACUUUUGUGGGCACAAACAGCAGCGAAAGAGGGAUUUUGUGCAACUGCCCCACUAGUGUUAUGAUUGCAAAUUAUCAUGAAGGCACAAUAAAAAGGGCGUUUGGAGGAGCCUUUCAGGACUCUGUACAAGACAACGCUAUCCCUAUGAGUUGUUCAUUGAUUUUUAUGGUUAUUGCUGUUUUUCCUUUUGUUAUUUUUCUGAAUGAUGCCAUGGCCUAUGGCUAGAGCAAUAAAAGUCUAUGAUGAUGAUGAUGAGUUGUUUGUUUUGUGCUGCAGUGGCAAUCUCCCUUUUCUUCCCCCCCCCCCGACAUACGCAGACCAGGAUGGCUCAGGAGUGCCAACUUGGCCCCACAACUGUGGGUGCCAUGCAGCGUGCAUGCCCCUGGUGCUGAAAUUUGUGGGUGCCCGGCCCCUUCAUGGGGAAUCUUGUGGGUGCUUGGGCACCCAGGGCCCCAGGGAAUUGGCACCUAUGCUCAGGCAGGUGGGAAGGAAUUGUGGUCCAAAAACAUCUGGAAGGCAUCAGAUUAGAGAAAGCUGGUCUACAGUGACCGUGGACUCAUGAUCUCUUCUUGCCCCCUGCUUCCCCCCAGGAAACCUGCUCUUUACCACGGAAUCGGAGCAAACAUCAAUCGAGUUUUCUGCGGAUAGACAUUUGCUCUGAUUCUGCAGUAAAGAGGGGUUUCCUGGGGGGAAGCAGCGAGGCAAACAGAAAAGCACUAGGACCCCCUGCGCAGAAAGCAAAGGACAAUUCCUGCAUUGAAGGGGGUUGGACUAGAUGACUCUAGGGGUCCCUUCCAACUCUACAAUUCUAUGAUUCUAAGUGGAAAACUUGAAUCCAUGCUUUGUAGGCACAGGACCAAGGCUUGCCCAAGACAUUUUGGUGCCUGAGGGGAACCACAAAAUGGUGUGUGUGUGUAUGUGGGUGUGGGUGUGUGUGCGCGCACACACACACACUGCCAGGAAGGAAGGUGUGAGUGAAGAUGUAUAUCAGGAACAAGGGAGGAAUCGAAUCAACCUUACCUGUUGGUUGAAUUGGGAAUCAAAGGCUGUUGCGGCGGAAAGAGGCCCUCUCUGAAUCAGGCUGGCUGGGUGUAAAGCCCAAGAAGCCCCAGAGGGCAGCUUCUGCCAUUUCCUCCCUGGGAGGAGACCAGUAGAGUCCCCUAUUCACCAAGAAGCUGCUGUAGAGGUGGCAUAGCUGGGGUUGCUGAGGAGGUGGCAGAUCUGGCCUCUAACUCGCAUGCCCGUGCAGCGGCAGAUGCAUUCCUUGGAGACUGGAUCUGCUGUCCCCCUAUGGAUUCUGCCAUCUGAGGCGGCCGCUGCACCUUGGCUCUGUUGGAUGCGUCCAAGGAAAUGGGGGCAAUUCACAAGCCCCCAGCUGGCAGCCAGGCGAUCUCCGGUCCUUGGCACAGCAUAAAACAGUGACUGGGGAAACCCAGCCAGAUGGGCGGGGUACAAAUAAUAAAUUAUUAUUAUAUUCACAAGGGCAGAAAGAGGCGUAUGUAAAGCAUAUUUACAAGCAGUUUAUUCAGGACAAAGGAAAAACAUGACUUCUCCCUUUCACGUCCAAGCAAGCAUAAGCAAAAGCUAUACACAAACAGAAGUUCCCAGCAAGCUGUGCUGGAAAGUAAACAGGCAUGUGACACACAACAGCCUGUUCCUCUUAAGGUGGAACGGAAUAUCUUAACAGCCUCAUGUGUGAGCCGGCCCUGCACGGGACAAGCGAGGUGCAGACGAGCCUUACCUGGGAAGCAAUGCCUCGCCAAACCACAUUCAGCUCCCUUAAAUAUUAUGAUCUGGUCUUUCUCAGGCAAAACCUUUCUAGGGCUGCCAUAUGUCCAGGUUUUCCCGGACGCAUCUGGGAAUUGGGUUGCCCAAACUGCAUCCAGGCACAUUUUCGUUGAGUUGAAAUGCUUCCCAAAACAAAGCUCAACAACUUCACUGCCCCCCCACCCCCUCAGCAAGCUCAACAACCUUGACAAAAAAAGAGCUUUGUCCAGAUUUUCACUUUGGGGAAUAUGGCAAGCUUACUUUCAUGCAUUCGCUAAACACACAAAGGGUCCCGCUUGCCAAAAUGUUUGUCUUCCUCAACUAGGGCACCCUCCAGAUGUUGUUGGACCAAAGCUCACCAUCCUCCCUAACCCAUAGCUGCCAACGUUUUUCUUUUUUUAAAGGAAAUUCCCUUAUUCCGAAUAGGAUUCCUCGCAAGAAAAGGGAAAAGUUGACAGCUAUGCCCUAACCAUUAGCCAUGCUGGCCUUAGGCGAUGGAAUCAGAGAAGCUUCCAACAUGUGAGGUUCAAUGAAAUGCACCUUAUUCAUUGCCUUUUGUUUGUUUGUUGUUCCUUGCUGCAGCUGGCCAGGGGCUUAUCAUGAAGAGGAACUGCGUCGCUAGCGAGAAAUGCAACAAAAACGAAACUGAAACUUACUUGGGUGUUAAGUACACCACCACUUACUACUGCUGUGAAGGCGAUUUCUGCAACUCGGCUGCCACCCUUCCCACCAGCCAUCUUUCCCUGCCAAUGGUUCUGGCUAUGCUGGGCGUCUGGCUCAUUCGCCUCCUCUAA